CUUCACUCCCUGCCACUGCUACUAGUCCAUAUAUAGCUCCUGACAACUGGAACGUCCAGGCUCCUCUCUCCACACACUGCCACGCUGUCACAUUUCUGCUUCUGAAGUCUGAGAACAGCUCUUGGCCACUGCUGUGGUCUUUGGGCACCCACCACAAAAGGAUGGCAGAGAAGCCGGAGGAGCCCCAAGCCUCGCAGAAUGGAGAAGAACAGGCUGAAAAUGCAGAGGAAGCUGAAAAGCCAAAGGAGCUGGAAGAGCUGCCACCGUUUGAAAUUGUAACGGGGGAUCGGCUUCCGGCCUUCUUUUUCAAAUUCCAGUUCAAGAAUGUAGAAUACAGUUCAGGCAGGAACAAGACAUUCCUAUGUUAUAUCAUAGAGAUCCAGGGCAAGGAGACAAAAACCAAACGGGGUUAUCUGGAAGAUGAACAUGCAGCAGCCCAUGCCGAAGAUGCCUUUUUCAACACCAUCCUGCCCUCAUGUGAGGGUGGUGUGCGCUACAAUGUCACCUGGUAUGUUUCUUCUAGUCCCUGUGUGAGCUGUGCUGAUAGAAUAAUUAAAGCAUUGCAGAAGAAUAAGAACCUGCGACUCUCCAUCGUAGUGGGCCGUCUCUUCAUGUGGGAGGAGCCAGAGAUCCAAGCUGCACUGAAGAAAUUGAAAGCAGCUGGCUGUAAAAUGAGAAUCAUGAAGCCUCAAGAUUUUGAAUAUGUCUGGAAGAAUUUUGUGGAGCAGGAGGAGGGCGAGGAAGCAAAGCCAUUUACACCCUGGGAAGACAUUCAAGAGAACUUCCUGUACUAUGAAGAAAAGCUUGCCGAAGUUUUGCACUGAGGUUUAUGAGAAAUCUGUCAACGCUAUGGAGAAAUGGGCCUGAUAUACUUUGACAUCUGGGAGUCCCCCUUCGGUCCUCCAGAGGCACUUUGAAACAGAAAAACAUCACAAGUCUCUUGUUGAUAUCCCAUCAGACUGACAUGACUAAAAAUACAUAUAUAUGCUACAUGUAAGCAUUUGGUCGUUUGACACUCAUAAUCUUGCACUACUGCUGUUCAGUGGAAAUAAAAAACCAUCAUGAUAUGGAA